AUGAAAUUCGAUCAAGUCAACGAAUUCGAGGAUUCGCACAACAUCUAUAUGGAAGCCGAGCGAAAGGUGAACGAGUACCUUGCACAACAAGCCAGCGGACCUGUUUCGAAUACGACUACUAGCACUCCCCUCGAUACGCCGGAACUCCGAGCCCUGAUCACCUCGAUAGUGCGUGAGCAGAUCGCAGAGAUCUUACAGCAAGCGUCAGCUUCUAUCUUGAUCGGCAAUCGUGGGAACAUGCCUGCGAAUGAGCACAACCAGACUUCGCCUCUGCAGCAGAGCAGUGCGCAACCUGGCCAGACUUCGACAAAUGUUCCAUCCAAUAGCCAAUUCAUCAAGCCGGAACCUUGA